UUGUCUCUCUCUCUCCCUCACACACACACACACACACACACACACACACACACACACACACACACACUCCGUGCAGCAGCAGCAGACCUCCAGCAGGAACAGAAAACGGUCGCAGGGCUCAUGAUCAGAUCUGCGUUAUUUUAGGGAGAAACGGAACCUGAACCGGGACUAAACCCGAACAGCUGUGACCGAGACCACCAGACAGGUGUGUCCGGUGUGAAGAGUCUGUUCCCGGGUCCGGUUCUGCAGCUGGAGCAGAAAACGUGACGGGAAUCAAAGCGGAUCGAUGGUCUGAGGCUGAUCAGGAUCAGGAUCAGGAUGAUGAUGACCUCAGAGAAGAUGAAGAAGAAACCUCCAAAGGACAGUCUGACUCUGCUGCCAUGUUUCUACUUCGUGGAGCUGCCCAUUGUGGCUUCUUCUAUGGUGUCUCUGUACUUCCUGGAGCUUACAGACGUGGUGCAGCCGGCUCAGGUCGGGUUCCGCUGCCACGAUCGGGAGCUCAGCAUGCCGUACGUGGACGGAGGAGACGAGCUCAUCCCUCUGCUGAUGCUGCUCAGCCUCGCCUUCGCUGGACCCGCCGCCUCGAUCAUGCUGGUUGAAGGUCUGAUCUACUGCCUGCAGUCCAGACUGAAGCUCCGCAGACCUGAAGGAAGCAUCAACGCCGGAGGCUGCAACUUCAACUCCUUCCUGAGGAGGACGGUUCGUUUCGUAGGUGUGCAUGUGUUCGGUCUGUGUGCAACGGCUCUGGUCACUGACAUCAUCCAGCUGUCGACAGGUUACCACGCCCCCUUCUUCCUCACCGUCUGUAAACCCAACUACACCCAGGCCGGAGUGUCAUGUGACAAAAACCCGUACAUCACCAAAGACAUCUGCUCAGGACACGACCAGAACGCCAUCAUGGCCGCAAGGAAGACAUUUCCCUCUCAACAUGCGACUCUCUCGGCUUUCGCUGCAGUUUAUGUUUCUAUGUAUUUUAACUCAACCAUCUCAGACAGCACCAAGCUGCUGAAACCCGUGCUCGUGUUUGCAUUCGCCAUUGCGGCGGCAUUGACGGGUCUGACUCAGAUCACUCAGCAUCGCAGCCAUCCCAUCGACGUCUACGUGGGCUUCCUCAUCGGAGCCUUCAUCGCUGCCUACCUGGCGUUUCAUGCCGUGGCAAACUUCAAGUCCUCUGAUGACAUCACACUGGCCCCGCCUCCCCCGCCUCCAAAAGAAGACCCUCUUCGAGCGCUGACGGAGCGAGGACACGAGUCCGUCUACAACAAGGGCCCUGCCUCUGCCUCGGAGAGUAAUGAUGAGAUAGCAGCAGCUCCGGCCCCCAUGGACCGGCUGGAGGGCCUGGGGCCCCUGCAGCGGGAGAAGACCUCUAUGGGGAGCCUGAAGAGGGCCAGCGUUGACGUGGAGCUGCUGGCUCCUCGCAGUCCCAUGGGAAAGGAGACCAUGCUGACCUUCAGUAACACAUUGCCGAGGGCCAGCAUGAACGUUAAUGGGGUGCUGGGGGCCAAUGAGGGACCAGAGGAUCCGGUUCAGCCGGUCCAGCCAGUCCAACCGGUGCAGCGGCGACUGAAGGCCGUGCAGGUUCCCAUGGACCCGAUGCGGUCACAGCAGCUGGUGUCAGAGUGGAAGCAGAAGUCUAUGGAGAUGAGAGGCCUGAGCCUCCGGGACGAGGCAGAACGCGAAGCCAGUGAUGACGGCUCUGAGGUGGGCUCUGUGGGGACUGAUGACGGGGGGUCUCAGGCCCCUCUCUACCAACCUGCAGUGCAGUCUGGGAGGACAGCCUGUAGUCACAACCCCACUCUGCCUCCAGGGGGCGCCAAAGCUGUGGCAACUCCUAGACCACCACAGAUCCCCGAAGCAGGACCCCCUCCAGUGUCCCCAAAGAGUGCCCUGACCCGGGCCAAGUGGCUUGCCAUCCGGGAGAAGACAAGUGGGGAGGGUUCAACCCGUGGUGCCGCCAACCAGCCGCGACUCAUGCAGGUCAUCGCCAUGUCAAAGCAGCAGGGCCUCCUCCCAUCCUCCUCCUCUGGGGAGAAGUCCUCUGAGACCACCUCGACCUGCUCUGGCACCUCCUCCACUGCUGACUCACCUUACUACCGCCCCCCCUCUGAGCAGCAGAGGGAGGGCUCAGGUAUCAUAACGGUGGACGCCCACGCUCCCCAUCAUCCCGUUGUGCAACCCCUGCCCCCCCCUCAGACCUCUUCCCUUGCAGGUAACAGUAACCCAUGGGAGUGGGUGGGGGCGUCCAAUGGGGGCGACCCACAAGACACCUACGACCUCAACAGCCUGAACCGAGGAGACUCGGCCGCCCGCGGCAGCAGCUUCCGGCCUCACAGAUCCGCAUCGCCGUGCGCCACCAUCGACCCUGACCUGGCCCUGCCCCCACCUCACCCCCAGGUGGAGGUGACAGUGGACUCUAAGCGCAGGGAGAUGGCCAUGAGACGCAAGACCGCUCUAGUUCUGUUGGAUCGAGAAAUUCGUAACCAGACUGAACAGGAGAACUACUAUAAGAGUCUGCAGGGACGUAGGUUCAAGGAUUAGUCUUUUAGCUUUUCAAAACAAAAGCCUUAUUUUAAAACUGGUCACUAACAGCACAGAACCUGGACAGCAGUGAGGACCAUGUCACUAUGCAUCUCAUGGGCUAAAGGUGAUGGAAGGAAGGAGCUGUAAGAACUGAAGGUUUCCAUCCAGGCAGGUCAGACCUGAUCCUCAGAGGCUUAACACUGCAGACGGAACUGGAUCUAACAAAGUCCAGGACUCUGCAGUCCUGUUUGUCCAAUAGUCCACCAGGGAGUGGCACAGUUAGAUUUAUUAUCAUAAUAAUGCUACUCUCCGUUUUAACACAUGUCACAUGGUACAAGGACACAACUCAGAAAACAAGCAAGAACUACAGUCAAGAAAGAGGUGGAGUCUGAAAAUCAGACAUGGAGAUGUAGUGUGGAGGUGUUGCUCCAGAGUGGGGUUGAGGUCUGGCAGCAGAGUUGUGGACAUAUUGAACCAGUCCAGGGUCCUAUUGGUCCCAUUAGGACUUUCUCCAGUAUCCAGACGAGAUGUAACACAUGAUGAAGUUAGAGGUGGAGUCAGGAGAAGUUCCUCAGGUGGAAUAAAGUGAUUGGAUGAUAGAUUUGAAGGUUGUGUCCUCAGUAGAUGGACAGUGGAUCAGCCGUCAGGCGACAGGGCCAUGUCACCACCCUCUGGAGUAUGGUGUCUUCUGUUGUGUUGGACGUCCUGAAGGCUGAUGAGUGACAGUGGAGGGAGGGUCUGGUGCCAUCAGAGUAGAAAUAUAAACUGAUUCUGAUUCUAGCUGAUGAUGAUGAUGAUGGGUUUUGGGGGACCCCUGAUGUGACGGGGGCAGGGUAUUGACCAAGGGGGACUUCCACAGAUUCCUAACUCGACGCAAUGCAGAAAAGUGAAGAUGUCCUGACUCUGUUUCACUUGUAGAAACAAACUUAUCUCAUGUUCUAGGUUUAAAUCUGACCAGUAGCAGCUGGAGGUUCUAGAUUGUUCUGACAGUGACUGACUCUUUAUUAACGGUGAACAAAUGACUAGAAUAAUUGUAGUUUAUCUGAACAGUUUCUCUGAGCUCCUCCUCCAGGUCUCUGGAUGUGAGGGAGGACAUGUUCACUGUAGAACCUGAUCGACUACUUUAGAGUUCUCAGAGUUUUUGUUGACACAAUAUAGAGGUCUUUGUUUGAAGGUAUGGGACUUAACCACCAGCACAAUGUGGUGGAAAACCUUCUUUACUUCUUUACUGUAGCUGGAUGUCUCAGGACCUUUAGAACCUCUUUAGGACCUGUCUGCAGACAAGACCUGCUGCUGGGUUCUCAAGUUUUCAUGUGACCACGAGCAGAGCCCUGAUGAUGACACAGUGUGGAGGUAGAUACGGUUCAUUAGUGUCAUCAUCUGUGGUCUGAUGAUCAGCUGAUCCACUGUCAGUUAUUCUCCCUCCAUUAGAUUCAGUCACUUCCUGUAUCCAAUCAGAUGUAUGAACCAGACCAGAACCACAGUCUGAUCCAGACCAGACUUUAUCUGUCUUCAGUGAGGAGACCGUCCACAGUGUUGAGCCUCUGAGCAGGAAACUAGACAGUUUCCAUGGUAUCUCAUUCUGUGAAUAAUCUGAAGUCAAAGAGCACAGAGACGAUUUUAAAGAUUCAUUCCUGAAGCACAAACAUGCAAGAAACAUGAAAUCUGCAGUGAAGCUCCUGUUUCCUCAGCGCUCACACGACCACCGACCGACCACGAUGACUGCUUGAGCGGCUGCUGUGGUUGUCGUGGACACUGUGGUCGUCGUGGACACCGUGGCCGUCGUGUUGUGUUACUGCGCGGCAGCCAUGUGGAGGUCUUACACUGAUUGUAUAUUACCUGGACGAGUGUGUUGUUGCCUUUCUGUUGUGAUGGCUCGGUUGCUAUAGUGAUUUUCAGCAUGUUGGCUUGUUAGUGUGCUGCUCUCUGAUUGGUCGAGCCUGUUCAUAUUGUUGUUGUGUGUGAAUGUGUGUAUUUAUUAAGAACGGACAAUAUGAGAUAUUUAUAUAAUGAUCUUCAGAGUUACAGCUUCACUCUGUGAUUCAGGUCAGAGGUCAAACCUCGUACCUCAUGGGUUAGGGUUAUUAACUGGUUGUUAACUUGUUAUUAACUGGUCAGUAACAUGCUAACUGGUUAUCUGACUUGUUAAUAAAUGGUUAUAAACUGGUCAUCUACCAGUUACUAACAGUCAGUAACUGGUUAUUUACAUUUUAUUCCCUGGUCAUUAGCAGGUCAUUAACUGGUAAUUAACUGGUUGUUAACUGAUCAUUAACAGGUUGUUAACUGGUCAUUAAUUGGUUAUUAACUGUAGUUAACUGGUCAUUAACUGUAGCUCACUGGUCAUUAGCUGGUUGUUAACUGGUUGUUAAAUGUCAUUAAGUGGUUAAUAACUGAUUGUCAACUGGUCAUCACCUGGUUGUUAACUAGUGGUUAACUGGUCAUUAUCUGGUCAUCACUUGGUUGUUAACUGGUUAAGAAUGUGGUUAUUAACUGGUGAAUACAAGUUCUAUCUCGCAUUUACAAAAUCUUUGUCUUUAAAUUUUUUCAGCAUCCGUAACAAACAAAACAAGAAUUGGCUCGUUCAUGAUGUCGUGAGUUGAAAAAGUGUAAAAAUAAAGUUGUGAUAUUGUUGAAUAUGACAGAGAUGACAACAUGUGUUAUUGCGCUGUAGUAAAGUGAUGAAGUGUCUGAGUCACAGAGUGUCUCUGUACGAGAUCCUGAGGAGCCGGUUCUGAGUUGUCCCCGUUGUUAAUGUGUCUGUGUUGUUGCAUGUGUUUGAUUUGAAACCAGACGUCCUGCUUUUUAUUCUCAGCUGAAAAGGCUCAAGUUUCCAUUGAAUGUAAAAACAUGAUGAUUCUGUAAAAUGUCAAAAUAAAAAUCUGCUGCUAUAAAGAUUAAAAUGUGUCAAACAGAUGCUGCAUGAUCUGUGGAUCAAAGUCCACCAUUAAAACUGGUUCUUGAUCACUCACUCAC